GUGGCCCAGAGCGGCCAUUUCGCUGGUAGUGUCAACUCUCCUAACCCGUCUAUCGCCUGCGGGAGGCUAAGGGUUUCUUGGUGUCUCUGCAGAACCCACAUCACUGAGGCUGCAGGACCUCCCUUCGCUGCCCAGCCUGACUCUUCCCAGCAGCUCAGACUGGAGUCUUCUGAUGCCCACUCAGCUGCAAGCUCCGGGGAAAAGUGGAGUUGUCAGCAAGAAAGACCAAGAGCAGAAGCCCAGAGGGGACAUGCCUGCUGAUACGAAUUUGCCCCCGAGACCCCAGGUCUUGGGUCCAGAGGAGAGGGAUGGAUCGUGUGAGGGAUCAGUGUCAUUUGAGGACGUGACCAUGGACUUCAGCAGGGAGGAGUGGCAGCAACUGGACCCUGCCCAGAGACGCCUGUACCAGGACGUGAUGCUGGAGAUCUACAGCCACCUCUUCUCAGUGGGGUAUCACAUUCCCAGCCCAGAGAUCAUUGUCAGGAUGGGAAAAGGAAAGGAGCCAUGGAUGGGGGAGGCCGACCUCCCACAGCACAGGUGUCCAGGGGAGUUGGGGCUUGAAAGCCCACAACAGGAAAGUUCUGAAAAAGCUUCACUUCACAGUGAUGCAGCCAGUAAGGUCACAAGAGAUGGUGCACAGUGGUUCGUUCUGGAAGAACUGUGGGAAGGGGCUGACCAAACAAAGGCGCAUCAGGGGAGUCGAAAUAAACCUCCCCACCAGGGGGCUUUCCUCAACAAGGAGAAACUGAAUACAGAGAGGGAUUGUGACUGUAAGGACCCCAGAAAAGUCAUCCUUGUGAGGCUCCACCUUGACGCUUCACGAAGAAGACCUCAUAAACGUUGCUCACUUGCAAAAAGCUUGAAGCCUCACCUAGAAAUAGAUCGUCAGAAUCAAAGCAAUACCACAGAACACUCUGAUGAGGCUGUUGGAUCUGGUCAGCUACUCAUCCAUAGCUCUUCCGAGGCUGGCUGCGAGAGAACUCACACAGGAGAGGACUUCUGCGAAGGUAAUCGAGGUGCGAGAGUCUUCAACCAUAAACAGUCGCUCACACGACAUCAAAUUCAUGCUCGGGAGAAACCAGACAGGUGUCCUGAAUGUGGGAGGGACUUCACCCAGAAGUCACACCUCCUUGAGCAACCAAGAUUCCACAGUGUAGAAAACCUCCAGGAAUGCAGUCGGUGUGGAAAAGCCUUCCCUCUACAACCAAAACUUGGUGUAUAUGUGACAGGUCAUACAGGUAACAUACCACAUAUAUGUAAGGAAUGUGGAAAAGUCUUCGUUCAGAGGGCAGAACUGAUUACACACCAGAAAAUUCACACCAGAAAGAAGUCCCAUAAAUGCCAUGAGUGUGGAAAGGCCUUUUCCCAGAUAUUAUCUCUCUUCAGACAUCAGCGAACGCAUACUCGAGAAAAACUCUAUGAAUGCAGUGAAUGUGGAAAAGGCUUCUCCCAGAAUUCAACCCUCAGCAUACAUCAGAGAAUUCAUACUGGUGAGCGACAGUACGUAUGCAGCGAAUGUGGGAAGGCCUUCACCCAAAAGUCAACCCUCAGCUUGCACCAGAGAAUCCAUUCAGGGGAGAAGUCCUAUGUGUGUAUCGAAUGCGGCCAGGCCUUUAUCCAGAGGGCACACCUGAUCGUGCAUCAGAGAAGUCACACGGGAGAGAAACCUUAUCAGUGCCACAACUGUGGGAAGUCCUUCAUUUCCAAGUCACAACUCGAUAUACAUCAUCGAAUCCAUACCGGGGAGAAACCUUAUGAAUGUAGUGACUGUGGAAAAACCUUCACCCAAAAGUCACACCUCAAUAUACACCACAAAAUCCACACUGGAGAAAGACACCACGUGUGCCAUGAGUGUGGGAAGGCCUUCAACCAGAAGUCAAUACUCAGCAUGCAUCAGCGGACUCACACUGGAGAGAAGCCUUACAAAUGCAGUGACUGUGGGAAGGCCUUUACUUCCAAGUCACAAUUCAAAGAACAUCAGCGAAUUCACACCGGAGAGAAACCCUACAUAUGCCCUGCGUGUGGGAAGGCUUUCAACGGGCGGUCCAAUUUCCAUAAACAUCAGCUGACCCACACUAGAGAGAGAACUUUUGCCUGUUACAAAUGUGGGAACACCUUCAUCCAGAAAUCGGAGUUGACUGCCCAUCAGAGAACUCACGUUGGAGAGAAACCUUAUGAAUGCUGUGACUGUGGGAAAACCUUCAGUAAGAAGCCACAACUCAAAGUGCAUCAACGAAUUCACACAGGAGAGAGACCUUAUGCAUGUUCCAAAUGUGGGAACACCUUCAACAACAGAUCAAAUUUUAAUAAACACCAAACAACUCAUACCAGGGGUAAACCUCACAAAAGCAGUUAUUCUGUGACAAGCUUUACGCAGAAAUCAAUUCCUACUAUGCCUCAGCAUAUACGUAAGUGAAACAAACUCUCUGGAUUUCUUGAAGAAAAAAAUCUUACAAAAGUCAGAUUUAAUUGUAUGCUACAGAAUUCAUGCUUCAGAAAAACUCUAGGAAUGCAUUGCAUGCCACCAAAUUAUACAUUAUUAUAUGUGAGGGAAAUUACUCAGACAAGAACUUUUAAGAAUGAGUGGAAAUGCCCAUAAUAAUACUAGUCUCAUUAAAAAUUAUAAAAUUCGUGUAAUAUAAUUUCUCCCUCCCCUUCAAAGAAAUAAAAAAAAAAGUAAAGCAAAAUGGAAUUGGACUUAACUCUGAAUGACUGACUCUCAUUUACUAGUGAAAAAUGGAAGGUUCUGAAAAUGUGCUUAUUUCCAAAAAGAUGUAGCUGACCUCUACCUAUGCUACUGUGGGUUGGCAAAAGUGACUGAUGUGUGAGCCAAAAGAAAAGCUGUCAGAAAUUGCUGUCAGAGGACGUGUUUGUUCUCAAUAGUUGAAACUGACAGGGUCUCAUAAGAUCCACAACUAGACAUGUGACCAUUAAAUUUUUUUUUUGAAUUAUAAAAUUCAUCUGGGGAAGAAAACUCUUAACACACUGAGAAAAAAGAAUGUGGUACAAAACAGACUGUUCCCAGAUUUACAGGAAAGUAUGUGGCAAAUUAUAUUCAUGAUAUAAACCCUACUUAAUGUGGGGUAUCAAUAUUUCUAAAAGGCCAGGGAACUGAACAGUGACUGGGCAGUAUUAUGUAUAUGUGUGUAUCUGUAUGUAUAUGUAUGUCUGUGUAUUUACAUCUUCAAGUCAGCAUAUAUAUUUAUAUGCAUAUAUACACACACCCCCUCAGUUCUGUAGUGUUUGCUACAGAAUUCACUGCAUAACAGGAAGUGUGGCUCAAUUUUUUAUAUACAUAUAUAAAAAAAUUUAUAUAUAUAUUUAUAUAUAUAUACACACACACACACAUUUAUUGAGGUGUGAUUAACAAAUAAAAAUUGUAAAUGUUUGGGUUGUACAAUGUGUAUAUUAUACACAUAUUUUAAAAGCACCUAAUAUAAUUAUCAAAUUUAUUCCCUAUUUACAUCCUGAGAUUGCAGUCAGUAGUUAUUAAUUUCUGUAUGUCUAUAGGCAUGUGAAUGUACUUUUUUUUUUUCCAUAAAUGCGUAAAUGGGAUUCUGGUCUUUAAGGUGUAGUUUUUCUCUUCUUUCCUGACUGGUUCAGCUCUGCCCUCCCCUUUCCACCUCCACUAUCUGUGGAUAACCAGUGUCAGCCUUUCAGUAUGGACUCUUCCGUAUUUUUAUGCAGGCUCCAGGUCAUACACACCAGGAGUCAGUAAACUGACCAUCAGCCAGAUCUGGUCGGCCACCUGUUUCGUUAAAUAAAGUCUUACUGGAACACAGCCACGUUCAUCUGUUCAUGUGUUGUCUGUGGCUGCUUUUGUGCUCCAGUGGCAGGGCUGAGCUGCCGUGGCAAAGGCCAUUCGGCUGCAAUCUGAAAACAUUUCCUCUCUGGCCUUUAUGGAAGAAGUCUGCCAGUACUUGUUAUCCACACACACUCACUACUAUGCUCAUAAUCAGACACCCAUUGAGGUAUUCCUUCCUCUUUGUUUUAUAAAUAUUAGAUCAUCUCACACGUGUGCACUGGUUCUUUUCACUCCACAACACGGCUGUUCAGUGACUGCAGUGAUAUUCGAUCAUGUGGACAUGCUGUAAUUUACUCAACCAUCCUCACAUUUUAAAA